AUGGCCGGCGACUUCCGCGCUCAUUCGCCCAUCGCCUACCCCACCAUUAUCGUCUCUCCCGCCGCCAAAAAAAAUCCUUCAACCACCAGUUACCACACCAUCAUGGCUCCCCUCCCGCCGGGGCUCAAGAAGCCCUCCGCGCGCUCCUUCCGCCAAGCGCGCCUCAGCGGCGCCGUGCACCCCCUCGCGCCGCUCAAGACGUUCCGGCCGGACGCGACCCCCUCCCUCUCCGACGCCUUCCUGUCGUCCAAGCGCGACAAGCGGCUGAUGAAGCACUCGUCGUUUAUCUCGCGCGUCGCCUCCUCUGCCGGCAUCGCUAAAAAAACCAGGAAGCCGCGCCGCAGCAGCAACAAGCUGGCCACGACGCUCGACGGCUUGGCAGACGCCCUGCCUGAGCUGGAAGAGGGACCUGCGCAGCCGGGCAAGGUGCGCCAUAGGAGCAUCAGGAGCAAUAAGGGCGCGCUGAGGAGAAAGGAAAAGGUCGUCAAGGGCGAGAUGCAUAGGUUUGGCGUGAGUAUGGCGCAGAUGGCGGCGACGCAGCAGCAAGCGGGCAAGAGUGAGACGGGCGAGGAGGGACAGGGAAAGACGGGCGCGCCGCCGCAGCCGCCGAGUCGGUGGGCCGCGCUGAGGGGCUACAUUUCGGCGACAAUGGAGCAGAAUCCGGCAUUUGUUGGGCGCUCGUGA